GCGCGCGCGGGCGACGGCGUCGACGUCGGGUUCGACGUCGGUGCGUUCAUCGACGACGCGUACGCGGAGACGUCGAGGGCGCGGACGGCGGACGGGGGGGAUGGAUGGACGGCGACGCGGGCGAGCGGACGCGUGCGCGGCGCGGCGGGGACGGAUGUUAUUCCCACGGUGACGUACGAGCGGUGGCGAGGGAAAGGCGCGCGUGGGACGAUGCGCGUGGUCGUCGUGCACAUGCACGCCACGGGAUCGAGAAAGGAGGCGGUGGAGGCGCGAUUGCGCGCGUGGACGAGACGCGCGUGGGUGGACGCGGCGGUUUCGUUCGACGCGCCGGGACACGGCGAACGGGCGAUCGAGGGGAGGACGUACGGUGAGGUGUUGGCGCGGGCGUACGCGCACGAUGGGACGCGGGCGUACGGUGAUCGGCCGUACGUGAUCGAUGGGGCGGUGGAUUGUUUGCGGGUGUGUCGAGCGCUGGGCGCGCGAAACGUCUUGUUAACGGGCGAGUCCUUGGGCGGGAUGUACGCCGCGUGCGCCGCGAGCGGCUGGAGCCCGGCGUGGGGGUUCAAAAUCGUCGCGUGUGCGCCCAUGAUUGGGUUCUCAUCUUUCGCGUACGGGCUCGCGAACGACGCGUGGUUGCCUCGCGCGAUGUCGCUGCCGGCGGCGCUCUGGCUUCGCGUGUCCGACGGCGAGCGAGAGGUACCGACGUUAGAGGACGCUCGAAUGUUUUACGCUCGCGUGUGUCCGGAGAUGGUGGCGGGAGAGCGCGACGGAGACGCGCUCCUGCGACGGAUUCGAGCGAACGGUGUGCACUUUUGCGCGGUGAACGGCGCGGACGACGCGCGAAAUCCGUGCGAGGGCGUACGAGAAGCGUUCUCGUGUCUCGUACCCGUUCCCGACGGCGUCGCGCGACCGCGGUGCGUCAUUGUCACUCGGAAAAACGUGGGGCACGAGGACGAUAUGCGCGAUGUUGUCGACACGUUUUUUGCGAACGUUCUCGUCGACUCGCGCGAACCGGCGCGAGAGACAUUCGACGACGAGCGAUGGGAAGUCAUCGCCAACGUCGCCGCUUUCUUCCCUCGAGCAUCGAUUCAUGACAAGUUGAAAUUGUGGGCGAGCGAAGGCGUCGAGUUGGCUUCGUAUCUAAGCGAGGCAGAUCGAGAGUUUCUGUCCAAUCCGGAGGAGACGACGAUGACGACAGAGGGCGUCAAAAAUGUCGAACGCUUGAUCGAGGCGACGAAAUCGAGGCUCGCAGAAAAAUACGUCUCUCCGAACGAAAUCUCUCGUGAUGCAAAGUAUGUUGAACGAGCGCGAGAGCGCGCAUUGGCGGUGAAGGCGUGGGAGGAACACAAAACGCAGGAGAGCGUAGAACAAGAGGCAAAACGCAUCAAGGAAGAGGCGCGGCGCGUGGAGAUGGAGGCAAAGAGACUUGAAGAAGCCAAGCAGAGAGUUCGGGAGCACACGACGAAAGAUUUAAACGCGAAGAUGGAGCAGGCGAAACGCGACGAGCAAGAGCGCGAUCGGAUUGAGAGGGAGAGGAUCGAAGCCGAGGAGGCGCGCAAGGCGAAGGAGCGGGAGCGGAAGGAAAAGGGGCUCGCAAAGGCCCGAGAGCUGUUGGCGAGAAAGAAUUCUGUGAAGGCUGAGCUCAAGUCGAGCGCGACGGCGCGAAUUGCGGCGAAGAAGACGACGGAGACGGAGUCAUUGCUCGAGCGGUUGAGUCGAAUCAAGUCUCGACGCACAGAAGGGGAGCGGUAG